CGGUGAUUGUGUACGCGCAGGGCCGGGCGGCGGGGUGCGCGUGCGCGCGGCGACGCUGGGAGUUGGUCCGGGUGUCGGGUAAAUGGCAGCUUCAGCCGCAUCGUCGAAAUGGUACUUCACUCGCGAGCAGCUGGAGAGCACGCCGUCGCGGCGGUGCGGGAUCGACACCGACAAGGAGCUGUCGUACCGUCAGCAGGCCGCCAACCUUGUUCAGGACAUGGGACAGCGGCUGAAUGUCUCUCAAUUAACCAUCAACACUGCAAUUGUUUAUAUGCACAGAUUUUAUAUGCAACAUUCUUUCACAAGGUUUCAUAGAAAUGUAAUUUCACCUGCUGCUUUGUUCUUGGCUGCAAAGGUAGAGGAACAGCCACGUAAACUUGAGCAUGUCAUAAAAGUAGUGCAUGCAUGCUUGAACCCUCAAGAGCCACCACUGGAUGUUAAGAGUGAUGCAUAUCUUCAGCAGGCCCAAGACCUGGUCAUACUUGAAAGUAUAAUAUUGCAAACCUUGGGUUUUGAGAUUACAAUUGAACACCCUCAUACUGAUGUGGUGAAAUGUACCCAAUUAGUGAGAGCAAGCAAGGAUUUGGCACAGACAUCCUAUUUCAUGGCUACCAACAGUUUGCACCUGACAACAUUUUGCUUGCAGUACAAACCUACCGUGAUAGCAUGCGUGUGUAUUCAUCUGGCUUGCAAGUGGUCCAACUGGGAGAUACCUGUAUCCACAGAUGGGAAACACUGGUGGGAAUAUGUGGAUCCAUCUGUGACUCUGGAAUUACUUGAUGAGUUAACACAUGAAUUUCUACAAAUACUAGAAAAAACUCCAAGCAGAUUGAAAAGGAUACGAAACUGGCGGGCUAAUCAAGCUGCAAAGAAACCAAAAGCAGAUGGUCAACUAGCUGAUAAUGUUCUUCCUGGUUCAUCUGGGCCUCAUGAAUCGACAUGUUCUGUUGGUGUUGAUCCUGCUUCAAGUUCAAGCUUUCCUAAAUCAAAUUCCACAACUGCUCUACCUGCAUCAUUGAACUCUGGUGGUAUUUCAAUUCCGCAUGUCCCUGAAAUGAUGGCUACCACAUCAUUCAGUUCUACCUCCCAACAAGAUUGGCCCCAACAUCCACACCAGCAUAUGGAUCAAGCUCAGUCUCAUAAACAAGAAUUGUCUGUAUCUGUUCACAAAAAUGACAUGGUCUGCAUGCAGCAGUCAACUUCUGGACAGUUAACUCAAAGUCAUCAUCGAUCAGAAAAGGGAUCAGGGCAUUCAUCAAGUAAACAUGAACAUAUUAAAUCGGGUAAUGGCAAACAUCAUGGUUUUCCUCUUCCAACUGUACCAGCACCUCAAAAAUUAGCUUUGGACAGAUAUAGAGAGAAAUUUGCUGCAGAGCUUGCAGUACAAAAACGCAAACUCGAAACACUGGAAUCUGAUGUGAAAGAGCAAUAUGCCUCUGCUGCUCAAGCCCUGGUGGAGCAACAGAAAAAGCGUGUGCCCACACAGCAGCAAAUUCAACAUAAUAGCAAUGCUGUGACUUCUCCAAUUAAAAUGAAAAUUCCAAUUUCCACAGAAAAAUCAGAGAGGCACGCAGCAGAUAAAAAGGAAAAGGGUUUACUUAAAUUACGGAUCCCCAUCCCACCUACAGAAAAGACUAAGGACGAACUAAAAAUUAAAAUUAAAGUUCCUUCUGAAAGACACAGCUCCUCAGAUGAAAGCAGUGGUAAGAGCAAGCACACAAGUCCACAUGCAGUGAAGGAGCACAAGGAGAAACGCAAGGACCAUUCUCACCAUCAUCAUAGUAGCAGCCACAAACAUUCGCAUAGCAGCAGUAGUGGGAGUAGUAGACACGGUACUGAAGGGUCGAAAGGAGGAACUUUGCGGAGUCCCGUAGGUCUGAGCGGUGAUGGCAGUUCCACUGGCUCCAGCUCUUCACGCAAGAGGGCGCACGCCAGUGAUGCUUCUCACAACCACCAUCCCAAAAUGAGCAAAACCUCCAAGACUGCAGGUACUUCAUCUAGCUCUUCUUCCUCUUCCUCUUCUUCUUCCUCCUCUGUGAAGCAGUAUAUAUACCCUUACAACUUAAUUCUUAACCUUCCCUCCUCCCCUCCUCCCACUGUCACAUACCAGGUGGGCUAUGGACAACUCAGCACCCUCAUGAAACUGGAUAGGAAACCUACAGAGGCCAACGGUCACAACGCCAAUCCAGAAUACAAUGCAAACACCCAGCACAAGGACUACAAAGAUACUUACGAUAUGCUGGAGUCACUCUUAAGUGCCCAAGGAGUGAACAUGUAGCCGUAACUCGCAGCCUGUGUUUGAAGCUGGAAUUCUUCAUCUUUAUCCAGCUAUGACGCAUGUCAUUGCUGCCACUGCUUCCAUCGGAUCUGAGCGUUGCUUCCCAUUCUUCACUUUCAAAAGGAGAUUAGCGUAAGCAUAAUCAGAGGUGAAUGUUGAAAGAGUUGUGCUCUACACAUAGUAUUAUAAUUACAAAUACUGUAACUUCUAGCAUGAAAUGUGCAUAUUUAAUUUUGCCGAUAUUUCAGCAAUUGGAAAUUAAAGAUGGCAGACUGCUGCUUGUGAAGGUUUAAUGCCUAAUGUGUUGUGCGCACCAAUGAUGUGGCAACUUAUUGGUUUUGCGGUUGUCAAAGCCCUUGUUCAUAUUGCCACAUGUUUCAAAGGAGUGCAAUUUUUUCAAAUUUCAUUUUUGUCCUUUUAUUGUAUGGUGAUUUUGCAUGUUUUUAGGACAAAAGGGAUGUAAAAUUAACAUUAGAAACAACUGUAUUAGUUUACCAGAAAGUGGAGAAAAAUGUACAUACGUUUUUGUAUGUUUAGAUGUACUAUGAAUACUCAGGUUUGGAGCUGCUUGUAAGUAUAAAAGUUUUUUUUUUUUUUAAAAAGAGGUUUACAUAUGACUGACUUUGCUAUAAAGUGCAUUUAACAAUUUUCAUGGCUUGUUGAAGUAAUUUACCCAGACAGCGUGUUGUUUCUUGAUUACAUGGAGUUAUUAAUGUAACAUUUGAAAAUAUUGUUCAGGCUCGGGUAGGAGAGAAGUCCAGCCACGUGUGUGUGAUAGCUGUAUUUUUUUUAGGUUAGCUUUCUAUAAAUAUUACUUUAAAUCUACAGGGAUCAAAGUAUCAAUUGGCAACAAACUUUCCAGCUUUGUUUGGAUUAAAAAACUAAAAGGAACAAGUUACUGUUAAUGCAAUAUUUUUUCUUUUUCAGGCAUAUAUAAGUUUGCAGUCAACCACACACGUAAGCAUCUUAAAAAGAUAUUAUCUGACCUCUAUAGCCAUUAUAAGCACCAAAAUAAUAUUGAAAAUUGUAUAUCUCAAUUGCAGGAGUUACCCAAAAAAAGCGGAUUAUUUUGUCUUUGUAUGAUGUGUGGAGGAAAAUGCGAAGAUAAAGUGCAAGAUAAUUUAGUGCUUCUAAUGAUAGUGGUUUGGGUCUUAAAUGUUUGAGACUAAAGUAUUCUUCAAACUAUUAACGUGUAAAAAAAAAAAAUGCUGUCAUUGGUCAGAUAUUAUCUUUUUAACAGUGAAAAAUUCUUAGUUGAAUUCAUCAAUAAAUGUGAUAGUUAUUCACAUUGUUUCUUGUAGUUUUUCUUUGCUCUGGCAUGUAAAGUACUGCUGUGCCACAUCUUUCAAAUAAUAGAACCUAUAGAAAUUGAAGAAUUAUUUUAAGAAUGGUUGAGUGGUUAGCAAAAUAGUGGCUUUUUCUUUACUUAAACAUUUAGUUAAAAAUUCUCUAGUAAAUUUCUAUACAGUUUAAAAUGUUCCCACUUCUAUAUCCAAGUCCGUUGGAAAUAUUUCUGAUUUAUAGACUUGGGGAGAUAUCUGCUAUUACUGCUAUUUGACUACUAUACAAGUAGUGUGCGUGCCACAUUCCUCUCUGGAUUGGGGAAGCACUUUUAAAAUUAUUUAAUAUUUUCAUUGAGAUCUGUGGCUCACUGCAUACUGUACCGCAAUGAAAUUAGCCUGGGAUAAGUAAAUAUUUUAAAAAUUAAGGUUUCAUUGUUUCCUGCUAUUGUAUUUAGCAUCAGUACAUUUAAGCUUUAUAGUACUGAGGCAUCCUUUUCCUUUUUCAAAUUGUUUUGCUUUGUUACAUAGUUUGAUAAUGCAGUAUAUAUCUUAGCAGUGAUUGAUACAAAGAUUCUCUCUAUAAUUUGUUUUGACUUCACAAACCAUGUUACAGAAUUGUUGCAUUACUCUUACUCCUUUCUCCUUCGCAGGCACUAGUGUGCUUUUGCUUGUCUUGGUAUAUAAUGUAUUAAAUUCAGAAACACAGACAAAUGUAAUGCAAAACUUUUGCUGUCUUCAAAUUAAAUAAUAUUUGAACUUUUAAAA